AUGGGUCGGGAGCCGAGUGCAAGUGAGUUGCGACCGGCGAGACGACAAGACAGAAGAGGUUGUACUACCGAACGUUCCGGACGCAAAUUGGAAAACUCAGGAACAAUUGUUGCGGUUGGAAAGCAGUACAAAUCCCCGAGAGUACGAGCAACGACGAGGCGGCAGCAGAACAAAGCUGUGGCUGUAAGUUGGCGGGAAGUAGUUCGUCGAUUGCAAGGUACAUUGUCAAGUCUCGUAGGCAAAAUUCGACUGUGGUUAGCACCCGGUCUUAUUUCCUCUUCUGGACAAGGUUUAAUUAUUUAA